AUGAAGUUUACUAAUGUUUUCAAAUCAAAUCCUAUACAAACGUUCGAAUUGGCUAUUACACCUAGUAAUGAUGUUGCAUUUGGUCCAGGAUCGAUUAUUAAUGGUAGUGUGAAACUAAUCCUUGGGAAACCAAUUAAAGCAAAAUCAAUACGAGUUUUAUUUAAAUGUGAAGAAUGGGAAUUAAAUAAAAAUCAGCAAAAUAUAUUGUUUUCAAUUGAAUCCACUAUUUGGGAACAGGAAGAAGAAGAAAAUGUAUUUUUAGACAUGGGAAGUCAUAUGUAUCUAUUUGCUAUUCAGUUACCUUCCAGUGUGAAUUAUCCACCUACAAUAAAGGACACCCAUCUUGGUCAUCGUAUUGAAUAUUCUCUACAAGGAUAUUUGGAUACUAGUUCAUCUUUAUCAACAAAAUUGACUCCAGUCAUCCCUUUAACUUAUUUGCCUUUGGUUACUGUUUCAGAUGACUAUUUAUAUAAAAAUGAAAAGACGAUUAAAAUGGACAAUGUUGAGAUGACGGCAAGCUUAGUGAACCCAUCAUCCUGUCCUGGUGAUUUGUGUUCCAUAAAGUUAAAUACACACAAUCAAACUUCUUGUAGUAUAAAUCAAAUACAGCUCUUAUUAGUCUCGACUACAACCUCAUUUCAUUCAAAAACAAGGGAAAAAGAUUAUCCUGAUUUACCUACCUCAGGACCUUCUUACAGACAUAAGCAACGUCAACUUUUAUGUGAAUCAUUUUAUGUUACAAUACCGAAACAGAGUAGAAACAAUGUAACCAUUUGUCCAAUUCAAAUACCUUCCUAUUGCGUACCUACCACUCAAAGCAGUCAAUUUGGGGAAUAUAUGGAUAUUUCUUAUGAAAUCUUUAUUCUAGUCCCUGCUCUCAUAGGAAAUCAUCAUCAUUCUCUUUCUCAACUUUUAUUAAAUCCACUCGUCAUUCGAUUGCCCUUAUUUAUUUCUACCAUACCUCAUACAACAACACUGACUAGAGUACAUAUACCAUUUGCUGAUCAUCAUCAAUCCACCCAUACUAAAUUACCCAACUUCAUCAUCUCUGAAGGUUCUCCUAAUUUAUUAUCUUCUUCUGUAGGUAGUGAUUGUAACUGGGGUCCUGGUAGUCCUAUUGAUGUUGUAGACGAUGAAUUUAUUUUGUCUCAACCACAAGAAGAUGCUUCAGGUCAUUUAACCGUACCUACUCUUUAUCAUCGACGUUUAUCUUCAUAA